AUGCGAUUCAUCGCCGACGUCUGCAAGAAUCCCAGACUCUUACUCACAGCGACUUGUCUUGUUCAUCAAAAACCAGCUCUUCCUCUUCAAUUCAUUCGCGCCAUGUCUACCACGCUCAAGGGCCAUAAUAUUCCUCUCAGCUUACCUGAUGGACUCUCACAGGAGCAACUCACUUCUUUUAAGCCAUUCAAUAAUUGGGUCGAUACUUUGACAAACUCACUACGUCUUCAAUCAGACGAAUCUCACCCCUUCCACAAAGAUCCAUACGCCCUCCGCUCAGUCACGAUUCAAUCCUUCGAUCGCUUCGGCGAAACCCGUCUCGGCUUUGUUAAACUUACCGCUACAGUAUCCAACGAUGCCGGUGAGACAUUACCCGCAGCAGCACUCCUCCGCGGACCCAGCGUAGCUAUGCUCUUCAUGCUCAUCCCCGACGAUGUGCCUCCCGAGUCAGACGAGCGCUACGUCGUCCUCACGGUGCAACCGCGAGUCCCAGCCGGAAGUCUCAGCUUCGUAGAGCUACCAGCAGGCAUGGUCGACGACGCGGGGAGUUUCAAGGGCGCUGCGGCGCAGGAGAUCCAAGAAGAGCUCGGCGUGACGAUCCACGAGGAUGAACUAACGAAUCUCAGCGAACUUGCUGUUCCCGAGGAUAGCGGAAAGGAAGGCAUCGCGCAGGCCAUGUUCCCCAGCGCGGGUGGGUGCGAUGAGCACAUCACCAUCUUCAGCCAUGAGAAGCGCCUGCCUAGGGAUCAGAUCAAGGAGUGGAGUGGCAGGCUUACGGGGUUGAGGGCGCAUGGGGAGAAGAUUACGCUCAAGGUUGUGCCGAUGAGGGAUGCUUGGAGAGAGGGGGCGAGGGAUGCAAAGUGUUUGGCUGCGUUGGCUCUUUGGAGAGGACUGAAGGAUGAGAAGAAAUUGCCUUGA